AUGAGUUACGGUUCGCCUUACGGGGGGACCCCUCUGAGGGGGGAUCCCGGCUACUACUACGACGUGAAUAGCCCUUCGCCUACGCCGUCGCCUCAUCACUACCAAUUCUUCCCAGCUCAGACCCCCCAGCGGCCGGCCACGCGCGCUCACCAUCGCGGUGCCAGCACCGGCUACAACGACUAUCGACCCGCCACGGCCUUCUCUUCGCCGCGAUACAAGACCAACGGCGAAUAUGGCAUGCCUGUCCCAAGCCCGAAAGUGAGUUCGCGAAAGCACAAUUUCUCCAAGGGGGCGAGUCAUCAGCAGACGCAUCGCACGCCGAAGCGAGAGCGGGAGCGAGAGCGCCGCAACUCGCAUUCCUACUUUCGGGCCUCUCAUGGGGAUUCCGACGAGGACGAAAUCUUCGAGGUCGACGGUGUCACCUACGUGCUGCCUGCGCAGUCGAGGAGUCGCAGACACAGAGACAGACACAGCUACUACUAUACCGCUCCGGAACAUGGCACUAAUCACUACUACUACCCGCAGGUCGUGCCGCCGUACUACGAGAAUGAGAGGGAGAGGGCCGACUACGCGCGCUACGAGGAACCGCCGCUUCGCCCCUCUACCAGAGCAGGCCACCACACACACUCGCGUCGUCCAUCCGGCUACGACGACAUACCCCCACCUCGCUCGGCCACCAGGAUGGACAACCACUCUCGCCCUCGUCGGCCGUCUUCGGGAGCUGUGCCGCCUAUCCAGCGUCCGUCGACCACCCGUCCGUCCAGCUCGCACCAGAGGAAGGCGGCCGCUGCUUCUGCCGCGGCUCCCAAGGCGACCGAGGCCGACGCGAAGAAACAUCGCAUUCCCGCCGGAUACUCGUUGAAGAACUGGGACCCGACAGAGGAGCCCAUCAUGCUUUUGGGUAGUGUCUUCGACUCCAAUUCUCUGGGCAAGUGGAUCUAUGACUGGACCGUCUACCAUCACGGGCCCGCGACUCCUAUGGCGGACGUCGCGGGCGAACUUUGGCUUCUUCUAAUCCAGUUGUCCGGGAAGGUCAAGCGCUCCGAAGAGGUUGUCCCAACAGUUAGAGCCCAGGAGAACCGGGAGAUGAUUGAGGAUUUUAUUGAGUCGGGCGAGCGCCUCACGGACAAGCUUCGGGCCCUCCUGAAGAAGUGCGAGUCUCCCAUGUUGAAGGCCAGCAAGAAGCGGGAGGCUGCGCAACUCGGCAAGAACUCCGGCAUCGAGUUCGUGGACACGCUGUUUGGUGUCGACCGUGAGAUGCCGAAGACGGAACGUUUCAUGCAAUCCGUGCGCCUUUGGAACCUUCGGUUUGACGCCAAUUGUGAGGACAUCCUGAAGAGACCGACCCAGUAG